AUGGCCGAGGAUGGGACCCCACAACCUAGCUUCCCGUAUUGGAAAGCCCGCUUUGGCGCCGAAUGUGUCUCUGCCGUUGUACAAGGAACUCUGACUUCUCGUGCUCCGAAGUAUUCCAUCAUCUUGGAUUUGGAUAGGAAAGUACGAGAUAUGGAGCUCCCCUUGUACGCUCAGGGGCCACCGCCACAAGGAUUGGGGUUGGCGCAGACGAUGUCACAUUUCAUGCCGACCAACUACCGCGAGCUGACCCUUCUCUACAUCCACCGUUGCUUCUUUGCACACGCGCUCUCCAACAACUCUGCGGACCCCAUCAAAAGUCAAUACGCACCCUCUUUCCUCGCUGGCUACAGAAGUGCAUGCACCAUCAUAAACUCUGUCAAACAGCAGUUUACAUUCUUCCCGGCCCAAAUUGCUCGCUUCUGGGUAUUGUGGACCCAUGCGUUCUCAGCUUCGGUUAUGAUUGGGUCGGUGGUGACUCACAAUCCUAAAUGCAAGGUUGCGCCAGCUGCGCUGCUAGAGUUGAAAACAGCGUGCGAUUUGUUCGAACAUGCUGCUUCCUUUGGAGGAAGAGCUGUAAAGUUUCUGCCAAUUCUUAAGCGGCUGCAAGGAAAGGCCCAGCAAAUCUUCCGUGAUACCAACGCUGGCAUCCCCCAACGCAUUGGUAAUGAUAUCUUCCGACCCUCGAACUUGAAGGAAGAAGAGGAAAAAGACGAACUCUUGAUCUUCAGCGGCAAAACGCACACUGUCAAGAAAUCUUCCAAUCCUAGCGGGACAACUCGUUCCAAUAGCGGCUCGCCUCAAGCUACCAACGCCAACAACUCUCGUGCACCCUCCGACUCACCAGGCCAAAUGUUCGCCGACAACCCCUCCUUCGCCAACGUACACCCCAGCCUGGUCAACGAACUCAACCUCUUCGACGGUCAUAUCCGUGCGCAAAUCCAAAACGCGUACCGACAGGGUGGUGAUGUGUUUGGGAACGCGAUGGUAGUUGACCAGCCUGGUCCAGCGGGAGCGUUGCCCCGUGGUGCGACCGCCCCUGUAGCACCCGAUUCUUCGAUGAUGAUGCAACCGGAGAGUGUACAGCAAGAACAGCAGCAGCGCCAACAGCAGUUCUUGCAAGAAAUGGAGAACCAGAGGCGAGAGCUGGAGAGGUUGGAGAUGGAGAGACAGCAACAGGAAGCGGCGGCGAGGCAACAGCAACAAGAAGAACUGCGUCGACAACAAAUGGAGCAGCAGAGGCAGGAACAGUAUCGUCAGCAGGCCGAGUUGCAACAACGACAGCUGCACGAACAGCAGAGAAGACAGCAACAACAGCUGCCACCGCCUCCCCACAGAUCCUCAAGUGGCGAAUACGCGCCAUAUUCUUCGCAGCCACCGGAUCCGUACAGUGCUUCUCCGCCAUCUGCGGGUGGACCGUCUCAUUCGUUGCACCGUGUGCCCACACAGUCGAUGAGCAACAUUCAUCACACGAUGCAGCACCAAUCGCAGUACCAGCAACAACCACAGCAUUCAAUGGCAAGGGCCCAUCCUCAUCAGCAAUCUUCCCCAACAUCCUCGGUGUCAUCGCAUGCACCACAGUUCCAUCCGCCACCCAAUACCCAGUUGUACACAAUUCCGUCUGCUGGAUCGGAUUAUGGAACUUCACCUCCUGCCACGUCCGUGUCUCCGCACUAUGCUUCUUCUCAGCCACCUUCAGGAGCGCCGUACGAUGCGCAUGCCAUGUCGGGGAUUACGAGCUCUUCCUCGCCACACAGUCAACACAGUCAGCAUUCGAUCCCGCAAACGCCGUCAUCUCAUGGAUCGGAUGUGGGAGGGUAUCACCAGUACUGGCCUGCUGCGCCUACUGGAUACGCAGGGGGUCCUGGACCAGGACAACCUCGUUAUCCUCAGCAACACCACCAGCAACCACCACCGCCACAUGCGCACCAGCACCAGCAUGCGUAUCAGCACCAGCAGCCGCAUCAAGCGUAUUAUACUCCGGAAGGCGCUUUGAGGGGUAUCGCAGCUGAUGAUCCUCGGUUGCAAGAGACAUGGCAAUCGUAUAUGCAGAAUGUUACCUCACCUCGAUUGUUUGACGAUUAGGUUUUCUUGACGACACUCGUCUAAUUUAGCAUCUGGCUUCCGAGAUGCGUUGACUGCCAAGUUCCGGUCGUUCCAUCCUAAUUUCGUUUUGGGGACUCGUUCAGGAAUAGACUAAGAGGGCUUUUUGCUCCUCUUGACCGUAUGGUCGUCGAUCUAUUUCUGAAAUAGGAGGCGUGUUUUCUAGGGUAGUAUUGGUGUCUGGCUUCUCUGGCUAAUGUUGGUUUCAUCUUACUUCUUUUCCCCCAUGUUUCUUCGCAUCUAGUUGCUGUCGAACUGUUUUUUGUCCAUGUCUUGUCCCUCUGCAUGUACAUUACGUCGUGAACCUAUGGUUCUUGUACACAUUGUCUAUUAGUAUUGGAUUCACUCGUCGUCUUGAUUAAUGAUCCACUGAA